UAUAGCGAAGCGUGUUCCGAUGCUCUCACUGCUGACUCAAUCUUUUUACUGCCUACGCCUGAGCCAUCGAACCACACUCGUCGACAGCGUCACUCGUUUGCUGGACGAGACCCCAAUCCGCAUGGUCGUAUACUCGGGAACCUUGGACUUGGUCGUUCCCACUCCCGCCACCGUCAACUGGAUCGAUCAGAUGCAAUGGGGCAGCAAGAAAUCGUAUGUGGAUGCCACUCGCCGACCUUUCUUUGUAGAUGGCUUUAUAGAGGGUUAUGAGAAACAGGGCGGAAACUUCAGUAUGUUCUGGGUCCUUCGAGCAGGAAACCUGGUACAUCAGGAUAAUCCCGCGGCAAUGGCUUACAUUUUGCGUGAAAUUACGAACUUUGAAUGAUGUUAAUACU